AUGUGCCUCCCACGACAGCGAGAAGCUACUAUCCAGUCGGAAUCGGUAAUGCGUCGUGCGCUGGAACGCCAACGGAUGUGCAGUUGCUACUUGCCACCGAAAGACACGCUGACUGCAGUUCGUCAAGACCGGAUCAAGAAAGAUGCUGCUUCUGAUGCCAUUGCAGUGUUGACUGAAUGGCCCAUCCAGAUACGUACUUUGAUAUGA